CGGGUCUUAUGACUCUAAGAAGAUUGCACCCGAUUUCGACCGUUUUGAUAAAACCGACGAAGAGAUAGUUGAAGCUUAUAGACAUAAACUUACACUUGAUCCCGAAAUGCUCAUUAAUAAUUCCGAAACUACACGUAUCGCGUUACAAAAGAAAAAGAUGAAGCAUGAUGGCGAAAAAGAAGCUAGUCUUUCAAAGGAUAUCGGAAAGAUGUGGAGAAAUGAAUCGCAAGAUACCAUCAGUUCACCCGAACCCGAUGCCUCAUUAGAAUUCGAGACUUGUGAAGGUUAUUCGAAUUUAGAUAAUAAUAAUUUGGAUACCAUCAAUUUUAACACCGCGUCAGAUCAAUAUCCUUUUAAUUUAUUCGUUGCUUGGUUUGGUGUUUGUUUAAUAUUUCUUGGCGUUUGGUUAAGAUGGUAUGCCAUGAGAAUUAAUAGAUUUUUUACUAGAAAUCUUAGAAUCGGUGAAGGACAAUUCAUUGUCACCGAAGGUCCAUAUAGACAUAUAAGACAUCCGGGUUAUUUGGGUCAAUUAUUAAUAUGGAAUGGUUUCGGUUUAUCUUCUGGAAAUUACUUGGUAGCCUCAAUUAUUUUUAUUGUUAUUUCAAUAACUUAUUGGUUUAGGAUAAGAAAAGAGGAAGUUAGUUUAUUAAGAACUUUUGGUGUUGAUUAUUUAGAAUAUUCAACUAGGGUUAGUAAAUUAAUUCCUCACAUCUAUUAA